GUUGGUUCCAGCUGAGAUGGGCUGUAUAUUUUUGAAACGCACGAGGUUGUCCAGUUUCACAGCCAAUUUUUCGUGUCACUUUCGCGUCUAACGACAACGCGUGAGUCGCGAUCUCGAAACUUUGUUGAUUCCUCCACCAGACCACCUCACGUCAAAACUUGUUCUGCUGAGCAACACAACAAUUGCUCUUUUCUUUAGACAAACGACAUAUAUUACCAACGGGUAUGAUAUUCAUUGCCUAGUUAUAAACUAAUUAUGCCAUCCUCUUAAUUCCGUCACAAUGAGAACAAGAUCCCAACAACCCGCUGGAAGCUCUGGCACCAACCAGGAGACAUGCAAACCCGCUCUUCCAGCACCCUCAAAACCUACGAAAACCCUCAUUCUACCAUGUAAUGCGACUGACGAUGCUCGGUUCAUUUUACUGGAGAACCCUCGAAGCGGCGCCCUUGGUCGGUAUUAUUUCUGUCCCAAACUGGGCCUGUACGAGUUUACCGCAAUAUCCUCGUCUGCUGUUCCAAGGAGCAUUCUAUUCACACCGACGGCAAAAUGCACCACAAGUUCGGCAACUGAUAAACAAGAAAUUAAUGCACGAAAUACAUCUAGUGAUAUAGCGGCCGAUGAUGUUAGUGCAGAAAAAAACGAGAUCAUUCAGCAAGUAGUUGAAAACCAAGCACUAGCUAAAGCGACGAUUGCUAAAGAGGCGCAAUUGCUGGUGGCAACACCUGUGGACAUACUGUUUUUCCUCUUGCCCAUAUUAGUGCCAGCUCGUGGUAAUUCCGCUUCCCGGAAACACUUCCAGCCACUUGAUGAUAUGAUCGAUUCCCAAGAUACGCUCUCAGCAACCCUGAAACACGUCUUCUCAGUCGCAACGUUCAGAGAAAGGGUGGAAGCGAGAAUGAUAGCUGUGUGCGACACUGUCGAGGCUGGAGAGACAAUGUACAGGCUCAAUGAGGAUAAAUUACUCAAGGAAUUAAUUUCCAAGGCUGAGAGGAUGGCCGCAGGUGGACUUCCCCCGAGCCUGGAAGAACGGUUUAUCCAUAGGGCAUUAGAACUCCCAGUUCUCAGCGUGAAAAGGCAUGAUCUUCCAACAACUUCGACGUCAUCAAAUCCAUCUGACGUGGCUGAUGAUACGAAUAAUACCGUUGAGAAUUCGCCAGAUAAGCCCGAGUCGCAGUCGUCGGCUUCUUUUGCUGCGUCUGUCGUUUCGACGCCAAACACUAUAAUCACACCACCCAUAGACAACUCUCCGUCCAAUUGUGACGUUCAUCACUUACUCCGCGUCCGAACAUCAAUAUCCUUUCUACAAUCCUCCUAUCUACCCAAACACCUAUCAUCGCGAAUUGAAACCCUUCUCAGCAGUCCCGAAACGAGCCCCAAAGAUUUUUCUCCCCUUACCCAGCACCUAAAGCUUGUCGCAGAAUUGCGCGCCAAAGCACUAGCAUCCCGUUCAAUGAGUGAUUUUUCUCGGAAACGGGGGACUGAGGAUGACGAGGAAGUGGAUAUCAGGGCGGAGAAGAAGCGCAAGGAGGAGCAAGAAAAGAAGAAGAGGAUGGGCGAGUCGAGGGCGGUGAGGGAUCUGAAAAAGGUGAAUGUCUCCGGGAUGAAGAAGCUGAGUUCCUUUUUCCAGAAGAAGACAUAAAUACCUGGGUAGACGCAAUGAGAAUUCCAGGUUUGCAAUUGGGAGGGCCUGCAUACAUAAGCAUGUCAGACAUAACUAUCUAGCUCAUGGGAGUUGCGUGGUUACAGCGCAACACAUUAGAGUUGGUUCACCGUUUAAACAUGCCAAUCAUUCCGGCUUUCCCCAUGCAUGGACCCGCUCGAAAUUCCCGGAACGUUAUGUCGAGAACCUAAACGGCCAUUUAAUUUUUCUAGAUGGAUCUCGGUUAUCCUUCUAUGGCCGGAUUCGAGAUGGUGGCCUCUUGCACUUCCCCUGAAAACCUCCAGCGUCGACGCUAACGAUACAACUAGCAAAUCCAUAUGGUCAUUCAAGAUUUUGCUAAGGUCACCCUCGCCCUAGUCUACCAGGGGCCUGCCUGACUUCCUGCGGCAUCCAUCGAGACAGACAUUUUAUCACUACCU